GCCAUGGGAGACAGGAUCAAAGGGUCAUGGAGUCCUGAUGAAGAUUCCAAGCUCAUCAAGCUCAUUGAACAGCAUGGCCCACGCAACUGGUCCCUCAUAAGCUCUGGCAUCCCUGGCCGAUCCGGCAAGUCGUGCCGCCUACGUUGGUGCAACCAGCUUAGCCCCACCGUCCAGCACCGCCCGUUCACCCAUGAUGAAGACGCAGCCAUCAUUGAGGCCCAUGCCAAGCACGGUAACAAGUGGGCUACCAUUGCCAGACUCCUCCCGGGCCGCACCGAUAAUUCAAUAAAAAAUCAUUGGAAUUCUACGCUCCGACGCCGCAGGCUUUCUGAGUCGCCGACCAGGUCUGAUUCCGAGUCGGACUCGGAAUCGGCUCUAAAACGUCAGCGUCUGGAAGAGAACAUUGAUGAUGAAUUGUCCGACGGUCCCAACACGUCGCUUACUUUGUCGACGCCGGGGAUUGGCUCCAGUGAUGGGGUGAGGUAUCCCGUUGAGCGGUCCACUUUAGAAGAUGAGAGAGAGGAGAAGCCUGAAUUGACGGCUGAAAUGAAGGAGAUCUGUUUCAUGUCAAUUAUGCAUGACAUGAUUGUAAAAGAGGUUAGGAAUUACAUCAAUAGAUUAAUGGCUGAAGGAGAUCUUGGGUUCGAAUCUAAACUGGAUAAGGAUUAGAAUUCUUUUUCUCACUUUUUUUUUUUUUUUCUUAUGGAAAAUAACUUUUUUCAAUUGUA